CAGCCCUUCAACUCUAUUUUAUAUGUGAAAUCAAAAUCAGAUCCUGCAAAAAAACCAGUUCAUCUCCUCCCAACGCUCCCAUAUACUAAUCCAACAAAUACAAUAGUAUCAUAAGCAACCAUUCCUCCACUUUAGAAACAGUCCAAAAGAAGCAACAGUGGCCAUAAUUAAUUCAUGUUAGUAGCUAAUCCAAUCUAUUUCUUCCCCCGUGUAGUGUUCUAGGGGAAUGGGCUCAUGUGCCUGCACAUUAAGGAACAAACCCUCCUCUUAUUUAGCAUAAUCUUGUCCUCCUGUUCCUUAAUCUACCCCUCUUCUUUUGUUCUUUUUCGAGUCUCCCAAAGUUCUGGUCUUGCCUACAGUUCAUAGGGUGAUGUUACUUGCCUGAUUUCAGGUGAAGCUUCCAACCUCUCCAUGGAUUCUCCCUCCAUUUUUUAAAUGCUGGUUGUCUCCUCUUUGGCCUAUCCCCAGCUCCUUGCUUGCUCCACUUUCUCUGUGCAUAUAUAUAAAGACCCUGUCUUGAACUCCAAGAGCACUUGACAAACAGUUAAAAGACUCGAAACAGCAGUUUCUCCUCAGUACCUUUGUCUUUCUUCUGCUGGGUUGAUUCCUUUUUCAUAAGAUGCAUAGUGGGUUGCGUCCUUCUGAUUGGAAGAAGAGCCCUUUAAUGGAAUACUUGGAGGAAGAAGAAGAUCAGGAUCAACCAAAAGCUCCAUUGAUGCCUCCUGCUGCAAUCCCUCAGCCACAAACCCCAAGCGAGCCCAUGGAGUUCCUAUCCAGAUCAUGGAGCCUCUCUGCUUCAGAGAUCUCGAAAGCUAUUGCCCAGAAGCAGAAGAUGUUCCCCAAUGCUCCCAUGAUCUCACUCCCUGCUGAAACCACCCUCGCUGUCACUCCACAACUCUGUUUCUUUGGGGCAUUUUAUCAGACAGGUAAGGUGCUAAAUUCAACACACUCCAAGAGAACGGGAACGAUUGGGAAAUGGUUCCAAUACCACAGCAGGGAGACGAGUACCGGCGGUGGAGUGAGGAAGAAAGACAGGGCGAGAGUGGAGAAUGCGAGGAUGCACUCUGCGGUAUCGGUGGCCGGGCUGGCGGCAGGGUUGGCAGCCGUGGCUGCAGCUGGAAAUUCCGGUGGUGGCGGCGGCUCGAAGAUGAGUGUGGCUUUAGCUUCUGCGACGGAGCUAAUGGCUUCGUACUGCAUAGAGCUAGCUGAGUCCGCCGGAGCUGAUCACGAGCGAGUCGGCUCGGUGGUAAGAUCGGCCGUCGAUAUUCGGAGUCCCGGUGAUCUUGUUACGCUCACUGCUGCAGCUGCCACAGCUUUAAGAGGAGAAGCGGCCCUGAAAUCGAGAUUGCCGAAGGAAGCAAGAAAAAACGCGGCGAUUAGUCCUUACGAUCGGGCAAUGUCGGAUGUUGAUUCCACCUCAAGCUUGGUUUCGCAGUCGGAAGACCAGCAGCAACUGACUCCAGCCUGUGAUGGAGAUCUUUUGCAGCACACAAGAAAAGGGGCACUGAGGUGGAAAAAGGUCUCUGUUCACAUCAACAAGAAAUCUCAGGUUGUAAUCAAGAUCAAAAGCAAACACGUCGGUGGAGCUUUCUCCAAGAACCAAAAAGGGAUUGUCUACGGAGUCUGUGACGAGACGACUGCAUGGCCAUACAGAAAAGAGAGGGAAAGUUCCGAAGAGCUCUACUUUGGAGUCAAAACUGCACAAGGCCUUCUGGAGUUCAAAUGCAAGAGCAAGAUUCAGAAGCAAAAAUGGGUCGAUGGGAUUCAAACCCUGCUACGUCGAGUCAAUAGCAUGGAAGCAACUGAGAGAUCUUUGGAGUUCUUGAACAUAAACGACAGCAUUUAGUCUCAGCUGCCACAGUUUUGUACAUGAGAAACUCAACAACCGAACUUGUACUCUGGUCUGAAGUCAACUCACCAUGUCAAUAAAUGUUGCAGAGAUAUGUGGAAAACAGAAAGGAAGCAAUCUCUUUUGGUAAAAUUUACCUCUAGUUUCUUUGUUCCUCUACACUCUUCCCAACUCAAAUUCUAAAACCAGACAAUUACAACACAAUUUACGGUUAGAGCAUACAUUAGACAUCUCAAGCCAAGUCUUAUUUGUUCUUGGUCCGAGUUCCGGACAAACAAAUGAGAAACGAACAACAGAAACUCCUAAGGUCACAAAACUAAAUGAGAAACAAACAACAGAAACUCCUAAGGUCA